GUGAAUCCUUAUUCCGGGAGCGGAGCGAGGCGAAGGCGCAGAGGGUGAACCUGCGGCUGAGACGCACCGGGGAAGCGAGAACUUGCAUUCGCGCUCUCCUCUCCGCCUCAUUUGUAGUGAAAGGGAGCCCUUCGUUUCCAGCUGCGCUCCUAAGAGCGGCGUCGCAGUUUUACAGCCCUGCAGAUUCAUGAUGCUGGUGUUCACGUUCCUUCUUUCUGCUUUGAUGGUUACUACAGUACACUCACAAGAAACAGAAGAAACAAUCACAUACACGCAAUGUACAGAUGGUUAUGAAUGGGAUCCCAUCAUGCAGAGAUGCAAAGAUAUCGAUGAAUGUGAAAUUGUGCCUGAUGCAUGUAAAGGUGGGAUGAAGUGUGUUAACCACUAUGGAGGGUACCUCUGCCUGCCUAGAACCGCUCAGAUCAUUGUAAAUAAUGGUCAACAAGAAGCUGCCCCAGAAUCUACCAGCAACCGAAAUGGUAAUCCCAUCAGUCGGCGGACUCCUGCAGAUGCUCGGCCAGCUUCUAAUAUACAGUGUGCAGCAGGGUAUCAAGCAAGUGAUCAUAAUGUUUGCCAAGAUAUCGAUGAGUGUUCAACAGGCACUCAUAACUGCCGGUCAGAUCAAUUAUGCCUCAACUUAAGGGGAUCGUUUGCCUGCCAGUGUCCCGCUGGGUACCAGAAGCGAGGGGACCAGUGUAUUGACAUAGAUGAAUGUGUACUCCCUCCCUUUUGCCACCAACGGUGUGUGAACAUUCCUGGCUCCUAUUACUGCCAGUGUAACAGCGGUUUUCUGUUAACAACUGACAAUCAUACUUGUAUAGACAUAAACGAAUGCGACACCAGUAACCCAUGUGCCCAACUGUGCUACAAUAUCGUCGGCUCCUUCCUCUGCCAGUGCAAUCAGGGCUUUGAGUUAAGUCCUGACAGAAUCAACUGUGACGAUGUUGAUGAAUGUAGAACAUCCUCCUUUAGAUGCCAAUAUCAAUGUGUCAAUGAACCAGGGAGGUACUCCUGUGUAUGUCCAGAUGGAUACCAGUUAGUCAGAGGGGUAAAUUGUCAAGAUAUAAACGAAUGUGAGAUGGGUAAUGAGUGCCGGGAAGAUGAAAUGUGUUGGAAUUACUAUGGCGGGUAUCGCUGUUAUCCAAGGAAUCCUUGCCAAGAACCUUACAUCCUUACAUCAGAAAAUCGCUGUGUCUGUCCAGUGUCCAAUCCCCUUUGUCGAGACCUGCCAUAUUCUAUUGUACACAAAUAUAUGAGCAUCCGCUCAGACAGAUCUGUGCCGUCUGAUAUCUUCCAAAUCCAGGCAACCACCAUUUUCCCCAAUACUAUUAAUACAUUUCGGAUUAAGUCUGGAAAUGAAAAUGGAGACUUCUUUCUGAGACAAACAAGCUCCGUGAGUGCAAUGCUUGUAUUGGUGAAGCCAUUAUCGGGACCGCGAGAACAUAUCAUUGACCUGGAGAUGCUGACCGUCAACAAUAUGAAUUACCGGUCAAGUUCAAUCCUGAGGUUAACACUAAUUGUAGGACCGUAUUCAUUUUAGGCACUGUAACUUAGCCCUUUACCAAAACCCAGAGCAGCCAAAGAAAUAUCUUCUUAAAUGAAGCACUUAUGACUUUAUUUAUAGAUUUUACAUUUGUUUUUGUUUUGUUUUUUAAGGAAAAAACAACUUUAUUAAGGAAAUCAGUACUUGUAAUCAUGCUUUUGCUCAUGUAGUUCAAAAGUAGUAUAUGUGUUUCAUAAUAUAAUCUGGGCAUUGCCACUUUUUUUGUAUAAAGUCUGCAUUUCCUUCUUCCUGUAUAACAAUACCUAUUAUCAGGCACCUACCAGUAACAAUAUGUUUGGUUACAUGAUCUUAUAAUAUGUGACCCUUUUCCUAGCAUAGUAGACUAUUACUGUCAAAGAUGAACUUCUGUGAUUUAAAAAUAAUUUUAAAAUCUAAUACUUUUCCAUUGUAAGAGUCUGAGUGUUUGGGUUUCUUUUAAAUACAGCACUGCCCUUUCAAAUGAACACAGGAGCCUGGUGCCCAUAAUCCUUUCCUGCCUGUAAAGAGUAGCUUCCUUUAUUUUAAAAGAGGAAGCCAGUCGGUGUCCAUUCUUUGGCUGAACCAUGGAACCAACAUGUACAAUGCGUACAAGGCACUCUCAUGUACACUGAAAUGCCCUGAGGUUUAAGGGACAUGAACAAGUCCUCCUGAGAUGGAAAUCAAAGGGACUUAAAUGUGCUUUAUUAUUGGCUGCAUCAGGUUUCUAGAUUCCCUUCCUCCCAAGCUGAGUUUUAGUGGCUGAUAUCUCUGGGAGUUACCAGAAAUAAUUUCAGCCUACACCACAUUGUUCUUUCAAAGAGAACCCCCAUCCUUCAGUGUCAGGUGGGUAGCCAGUAGAAGGAUAAGAGUCAAGUUCAGUAGCACCUUAAAGACCAACAAGAGAUCCAGGAUAUAAGCUUCCGAGAGUUAAAGCUCCCUUCAUUAGGGAGUUUGACUCUUCGACGUUUAUAGCCUGGAAUUCUUGCUGGUCUUUAAGGUUCUUCUGGACUUGAAUAUUACUUCCAUCAUUCAGUGUAAUACUUUAGAAGCACAGUAUCCCAGCUGUAGUCUAGUUUUAAAGGAGAUCUCAGAUAGCAGGAUUGAGAAGAACUCUGCCAUUACACUAGGUUAGGUGGAUCAGUGGUCUGAUCGGUAUGGUGGUGGUAGAAAGUGUCAUAAAGUCACAGCUGACUUUUGGUGACCCCAUAGGGUUUUCAAGGCAAGAGUCAUUCUGUGGCGGUUUGCCACUGCCUGCCACCGCAUGAGCAGAGAGAGUUGUGAGGGAAUUGUGACUGGCCCAGACUUCAUGUGAAGGAGCAGGGAAACAAAGCCAGUUCUCCAGGUUAGAGUCUUCCACUCUUAACCACACUGGCUCUCUGAUCAGUAAGACAAAUAAACAUUUUCAUGUAUGGGUUAAGUCAUUCUUUUUCCCAUGGACACAAACAUUUACCAUUCAUUCUUGGACUGGAAGGAGCCAACCACUGCACAUGAGGACAUGGGGAUGGGGAAGGCAUGAUCUGAUCCUGACACUAGGGGAAGGGGAAUUCUCAGGGCAGUAGUCCACUCCAGGAACCUUGCAAUAUAUAAGCCCUCCUUACAUAUCUGUCCACUCCAGCCACUUGUCACACUGAAGGGCAUUUUGCUAGUAUAUAUUUUUGUGUGAUUUUUUUUUCUUUUUAACUGCCUUGUACGGAAGGUAGUUUCAGAGCGUAGCCAUGUUGGCCCGCACUAGAACAGCUAGAUUCAAGUCCAGAAGCACCUUAGAGACCAACAAGAUUUUUAGGGUAUGAGCUUUUAAGAGCUUCCCAAAAGCUUGUACCUUGAAAAUCUAUUGGUCUCUCAGAUGCCGAGGGACUUGAAUCUAGCUGAUCUCAGGAGGAAGAAUGGUGGUCUGCUUAAAAAAUCAGGACCUUAGACACCUAUUUGCUCUGGUAUUUUCAAUGUAAUUUAGAAUUAAUGAACAACAUAAAGAGAUAAUGGUUUGCACUAAGCUUUUCCUGAGCUCUAAAUACUGGACAGAUAUUUUAUGUUUAAACAUACCACUCAUUAACAUUUUAUCUUUUCCAAGAAAAUCGGACAUAAGGAGAAAAGCUUUGCCAGCACUGAGUGAAGUUCCCAGUGGAAAAUAUCAUUCUGAGAAAUAUUUCUGUAUGAGUAUUGAUGCUUGUUUCAGCAAACAAUCUUCCUAGUUCCUGAGGACAAGGAAAAAAUAUAUGUUUGUAUACUAAGAUGCCACAAUCUAAAAAACAGCUGCUUGUAAGUUGUUCUUUUAAAAAAUUCAUUUGGCUUAGGCUGGAGUAUUUUCAGAAUAUGAGAUCAGAGAGCUGGCUUCCAUUUUUUAACCUCUAUACAACUGACUUAUUCAUCCUAUGUAUGGUUUAUAACUCAGAUUUGCAAUUCUUAUGUACAGUGUUCAUAAAAUUCGUAGUAGAACUUGGAGGAACAAAGGACAUCCUUUUGUAAUGUGUAAAGCCUUCCAAUUUUUUGUCUUACACAUAAUAUAGAACUCUUUGAUGUACAAAUUUUUAAAUAAAUAAAGAGACCUACCUUUUAAUGAA